CAAAAGACUAAGUCAUGUCGAGUCCCAAAAUCAUUGUUAUAUUUUUUAUUUUAAUCUUGUGUAACUCUUCAAAAUCUUGUGACAUAACGCACGAAUGUCCAACAGAUAACGAUGUUAUUUGGGCAAUCAAUGGUACUGAUUGUCAUACUUUUAGGAACAAAUGUUUCCUAGAUAAUGUCAACUGCAAUCAUCAAAACAACAAAGAACACCAACUGGAAGUUACUUCGAAGGAAGAUUGUCAGCGGUUGUGCAAAACUAAAUGCCCCGAAGACGAUGAACCAGUUUGUGGAUAUUAUAAUGAACAUUCUCAGGGGCAGACAUUUUCAAAUCAAUGCGAAAUGGAUGCACAUAUUUGUAAGACUGGAGAAACUCUAUUUGUUUAUGGUGUUGGACCAUGCGAACCAGCUGAUGCAAAAGACGAAGAAGAAGUAGAAGAACCUUCAAGUUAAGAAAUAAAU